AUGCAAACGCACGUGCACAACAAUAUCGCAAAAAGAAAUAAUAGUAAUAGACCAGUAGACUCACGCACAAUUUCGAGGAGCGUUAUGAUUGAAGAAGUUAAUGAUAUCUCAAAUAAACAAAUCUACGACCUACUGCACAGUAUAUUAGCAAAAAAUACUCAAAUAGAGCAAGAUAUCCAUAACAAUAAAGAAGAGAUCAAGAAGGAAAUCCAAAUUUUAAGACAAGACAUCACGACAGAGCUAUAUAACCUAGAAAGAGAAAACAAAAAGUUAAAAGAAAAAAUCGACAAGUUAGAAGAAGAACUGAAUAGUACAGAACGCCAAGUGAAAAAGUAUAACGUAAUAUUUUAUGGAGUGAAAGAAGCUGGAGAUACAGUUACUGACUUGGACAGUAUUUUGAAAAUAUUCAAUGAAAAGCUGGAAGUUAAAUGUAGCCUUGCUGAUUUCCGGGAUAUACACAGAAUAGGGAGGAAGCAAGAAAACAAAAUCAGACCGGUUGUCGCCGAAGUAAUAAAUUAUCAACUAAAGAAAGUAAGCCUGGAGAAUUCGAAGAAGCUGAAAGAUACUGGAAUAUAUUUAAGUUUGGAUUACACAAAACAAGAUUAUCAACAAAGAAAAAUAUUGUAUACAAACUUGAAGGUGGCUAAAAGUGCUGGACUGGAAGCGAAAAUACACAACCAUACACUUCACAUAGGAGAGGACAUCUUUACUUCUGACGAUUUAUCACAGGGGACUCCCGAUGUUUUAACGGCGGCAAUUCUGAAGCUGAAUGUAGAACCUCAAAAUACAGGAGAAAAUUCAAGAAACUCUUUGAAAAGAAAAAACAUUGUCGAGGAAAAACCCAAGAGAUCCACCAGAAUCAAGAGCACCAGUAAAUAAAGAAAUAUUAUUUUUAUCCAUCACGAGUAUAUUUUACUAAUACCGGUUGUUCUUCAGCUCAUUGAUAGCCCAAUCUUUUGAAUGUUUCAAUUUUGUCAUUUUGGUAUAUUUUUGACACUUUCAGCAUGUACCGAUUAUUU